CCCUCCCUUAAGAUCUCUUUGGGAUAUAAAUCCAGUAGAAAUACUUCUGGAUCAGAGAGUAUUUGCAUGUAUUUUGGGGAAAAACAACUAUUAUCAUAAAAAUUAUGAUUCUAGAAGGAAUCUAUAGAUUUCAUCAAACUACCAGAAGUAUCUAUGAUGCCCCAAAUUCUUAGAAUCUCCAGACUAGGUAAUCUCUGUGGUCCCUUGCAACUCUAAAUCUAUGACCCUAAGUCAUUGGCCCUAAAAUUAUAAGUUGAAUUUAAGCUUCACAAUUUGUGAGUCUGUGAAAACAUUUCAUAUGAUGUUUUCCCCACUAGAAUGUUCUCCCCCCAUCCCAUUUCCCAGCUGUUAUGAAGGGCCUUAGGACACUUGUCUCAAUAAUUAUGAUGAUGAUAACAAUAUCUUUUACACAAAUGAUUUUAAAUAUAUAAUUUUACUUGAUUCUCCCAAUGACCUUGUGAGGGAGAUAGUUUAUUCAACAUUUAGAUCAAGUAUCAUUAUUAUUAUUCCUAUUUUAUAAACGAGAAAACAGAUUCAGAUAGAUUAUGUGAUUUGCCCAAGAUUGCCUUCUUGGUAAAUGUCAUGAAUAGGAUUAAAACUCAGGUCUCCAGACUGCAAGUUCAGGACUCUGCUAGUUUACGUUGCCUUGUUUUAAACAUAAACAAGCCCCAUAUCUUGAUUGUCUCUAUGUUGGUUGUCAGAACAGUUUCCUGGCAACUGACAUCAGCAUCUUCUUCCCUGUGGGUUACCCUGCCUGCUCGUCCUGCAAAUAAGAACCAAGAAAGCUUUUCUUUGGCCUCUGGGGAGGCUCUGCAUCAGGCCCUGGGAGUCCCUGACUUGUACUGGUAGGGAAAGUUGGAAGGAGGAGCUAGAGCUGGGGAAAGGGGCGGGAACAAGUAGGUUGGAUGAAAACAGGUGAGGGAGGGAGGAGGUGGAAUCGGCAGAAGUAUAGGUUGGAUGCCUCCUUCUUGCAGCCCCAGUAACUCCAAGACACUCAUCAGGGUAGCAGGUCUUGUGUGAGGAGCUGAGCAGGGGCCAUGGCUGCUGAGGAGGCCGACAAGCCACAGCUGGAAAUGCCACUGGUCCUUGAUGAGAACUUGACCAAGCAGAUGAGGAUACGUGUGGACACUCUGAAGAAGAAUAACGAGAAGCGCCAGGAUGGGGAGAAGCUGCUGCGACCAGCAGAGUAUGUGUACCGCCUGGAUUUCAUCCAGCAGCAGAAACUACAGUUUGAGCGCUGGAACAUUAUGCUGGACAAGGCCGGCAAGGUGACCAUCACGGGCACAUCCCAGCAUUGGACACCCGAUCUCACCAACCUCAUGACCCGGCAGCUUCUGGACCCAGCGGCCAUCUUCUGGAGAAAGGAAGACUCUGAUGCUAUGGAUUGGAACGAGGCAGAUGCCCAGGAGUUUGGGGAGAGGCUGUCCGAGCUGGCCAAGAUCCGAAAAGUGAUGUACUUCCUGAUCACUUUUGGCGAGGGCCUUGAGCCUGCCAACCUUAAGUCUUCAGUGAUUUUUAAUCAGCUUUGAUAUUGAACCUGGUUGCCCACUUCAACCUUUGCCCCCAUCCUUAUCAAGGAUCAGGGUGUCUUUUCUCCAUUCACCCCUCUAUUAUUUUCUUCUGGGACUUGCUUUUUCUCUCCUCUUCCCUCUCCCCCUCUUUAAAAAAAUCUAAACACUCCACAAAUUUUCCUGGAUGAAAACAUCUUCCCUUCCCCUCCUCUAGGCUUUCAUUUUUCUUUCCUAAUAUUUGCUUGUCUCACCUUUGUACCUCCUAAGUUUUAAAACUGUAUCUUUCUUUCCAUUUUAUUGUCUUAAUCUUGAUCAGGAAAACUAUUCCAUUUCCAGCUGUAGCAUUGAUUUCUCUUACCAUCCGUUCCUUUUUUUACCCAACUCCCUGGACUUUUAGACCUGAGUGUUCCUAGCAAUCCCCCAGCCUUUUUGAUCUGAUCAAGCCUCUUUCCUUCAGUCCUACUUCCCUGAAUUUUGGGGAAAAGAUUAUUUAUCCUCACAUACACUGUCAUAUUCUUUUGCCUAGUGUUUGUUUCCAUCAUACCCUCCCCACUAUCAUCCUUUUCCUUCCCUACACGGCCCUUUUCAUGCAGCAUCAGUGUAUCUCACCCCUGCCUUCUGUUUUUUGGUGUCUGCCCUCUUUCUCCACUAUUUCCCUCCCAGUAAUAUUGCUGGUUACUGAAUACCCUGUUUCUGGGGGGCAAUGACAACAUAGUUGCUGUGUCUGGUCUGAGCUUGUGGGUGUGUCCAGCAGCUUUGGAGAAACAAUUCACUUUUCUUUCUGACUUCUUCUCUACUCUGGAACAGAAACCAUAACUGACAUUUUUGGCUAUGCAAGGUGGGGACAACUUUCUGCUAGCCUAGGGUAUAGUAUUGCACACACACUAUUUGCAGGAUCAAUGAAUUAGGGAUGGAUGCAGUUAAAUGUUGGGCCAGCAAGAACUUUGAAAGGUUGGCUGGGGGUGGGGGGGGGAGACAAUGAGAGAGAUCAACUUAUGCUGAGCAUAUUGUGAUGGCUGAAGACCUGCCAUUCCUUCUUCAUGUAGGAUAAGAGAGAGCUAUCCCGAAGAAGGAGACAUUUAAAUCUCUUAUUUUUUAUCUAGCGUUUUUACAUAAAAUUAUAAGUGAAUCUGAAGACAGAUUUCUUUUAGUGAAUAUCCAACUUUUUGCAUUGCUAAGGGAUCUUAAUUCCUCUCUUUGGGCUGUCCUAAGGUCCCUAGCCUCACAGUACAUGAGCUGACAUAUGGGCUGUCCCUGACAGCAAGGCAUGAAAGGAAAAUAUUCACUUGAGACAUGUCCCUUUCAUCUAAAAAUUUCCCUUAGAGAGAACCUAGCUCUUUCAGGCUAAAUACAGUAGCUUAGGGGAAGAAGGCAUGGAGCAUUUAAUGUUGGAGCUGAACCCAAGAGUAGAGAUUACAAGGGAAAGCAAUCUAGUUCCGUUAGGUUCUUUUAAAAAAAGAAAGAAAGAAAUGAACAUAUAUAUUCAAAAAAAGAAAGAAAGAAAUGAACAUAUAUAUUCAUAUAGAUAUAAUUCUCUAUAUACUACAAAACAUUGAAUCUGCAUAUAUAUAUAUAUAAAAUGUAUAUUUUGCAUAGCAAAAAUGUAUACAUAGCUUGAGUGAUCUUUUAAGAGACAAGGUACUUCUAUAGACAACUUUAGGAAUUUGCUUCUCAGAUGCAAGAUAUGAUGAUUCUCAGUAGAUUUCUGAUUCUGCAAAGUUCAUAUAAAAAGACUUGCUCAUCAUUUCCAGCAGAAGGAGAGGACAAGGUGUUUGAUGAAGAUUUCUAUCCUCAAGAAAGCUCAAAGAUGGGAAUGGGGAGGGCUGAAGGGUCCAGUUGUUUGGGGGCAAGAGGAGUAGCACUAGCAGAAUUCCAGCAGAGGACAAUGUGGAUUCUUUGGACUUUCCCUAUAAGUGACAUUUAUUGUAGAGAUAGCCUUUUCCAGGACUCUAGUCCUUGAGGAUGGCUGUUUUGGACUGAUCACUCUGGAGUGCUCACCACCCAUAUCCAUUUGGCUAUUUAACACUUAAAGAAGUUUUAUUGAUAUCUUUUGUCUUUACCUCAUAUUCAUUUCCUACCUGCUCCCCUUUUCCCCUCAGAUUGAACCCUUCCUUUCAGCAAAGAGAACAAUAUCUGAUACAAUGACUGUAUCUGUAUCUGAUCAUGUAUUCAAUGUUUUCUUCUAGUUGUGUCUCUUUGUCUUUGCUGGAAUGGGAGAGCUGUAGUUAAUUAUCUGUUCUCUGGGACUUUGGUUUUUUGGUUACUCAGAGUUUAACUUUCUUUUUGUGAUGUCUUCAUUACAUAUAUUGUUUUUUGGGUUCUGGUUAUUUUACUUUGCCUUUGUGGCAAAAAGUUUUUCUAUAUUUCUCCAAAUUCUGUCCUGGAAUUAGAAGGAGACAAAUGUUGUCUGGUUAAUAGGAUAUGUGUUACACAACUGCAAGUAUAUAUAUGAGGCAGCAACAUGGUUUAGUGUGGAAAAUGUCCUGAACUGAGGGAAUCGGGAUAUUGAAAUGAUAGUGUCAUUUUUGCCAUCAGCUCACUGUAUGACUUUGGGAAGAGUCAUUUUCCCUUUCAUGAUUUUGAUUUCCACUUUUGAAAAAUGAGGGUGUUAGAGUAGAUGUCUCUGUGAAUUUUUCUAAUUUAACAUCACUUUAUGAUUCCAUUAUUUGAUUGUAUGAUUAUAUGUCUGCGGGCUAGUACUGAUCACAGUUUAACAGAACUAAAUAUUUAGUAUUUUCUACAUAAAUCUUGGCCUUAGCUCUGGACAGACAAAAAUGAAAAAUUGACAUGUUCACUGACCCUAAGGAACUUACUAAGGAGUUUAGUAGACAAAUGUUAGAAUCGAAUGGUUCUCCUAGUUCAGCCUCCUCAUUUUACAGGAUUAGGAAACUGGGCUUCAGAGAGGUAGAUUUAUUUUCUCUAACUCACACAGCAAAUGCAUGGUAGAGCUAUGAUUAUAAUCCCACAUUCCCUGACUUCUAGUCUAAUGCUCUUUUUUACUAUACCAUGUCAUUAGGCAGCAAAUAAACUAAAAUCUAUAUACAUCUAUCUACCUGGAGUACAUUUAAUUUCAUGCUUCCUUUUCUGAGUCAUCAUGGAAAGUAAACUGUUAUUGUUACCUGGAUCUCAAAGCUAACUAUAAAAAUCUCCCUUUCAUUAGAGGGAAGGUAUUUUAUUUCUUAGAUAUAUUUUUAAAAAUAAAAGCAACAAUAGAAGCAACAAACCAAAUCAGAGGUCUAAUUGUGACUUCCAGGGUUCAAUAACAGACAAAUAAGAGUUUCUCUAUGCUGUAGUUUACUUUGACCUAAGUAAUGUCAACCAUUAGCUCUAUCAUUGUUAAGACUGAUAUUAUUUUCCAAAUUGUGUCUUAUUAUCACAGUGCUUGCCAUGCAGCAGGAAUUUAUAAUCAAUACUUUAUUUAUCUUUUGAUCCUCACUACAAACCUGUAAGAUAGGGAAAGGCAAUGAUUUUUUUUCCCCUACUCAUUAUAAAUGAGGAAAAACAGAUGGGAACCCUAGAUAGAAAGUGAUUUGCUCCAACUCCUACAACGUUAGUGGCACAAUUGGGACCAUAACCCCCAUCUCCCAAUCCCUCUAUUAAAUUGCCUUAGGGCUAAUUAGUUCUCUCAAAAUGGGCAAGUCACUCAACCCUUGAACCUCACUGUUGGCAUCUAUAUAAUGCAUUACCUUCCUUCAAGAAGUGUUGUACAAUGGGAUAAGUAAUGUUUUUUAAAUAGAAAUCACCCCCAAAAUAUGAAUUGUUAUCAUUAUUAUGAGCUUCGUGUGAAUAAUUUAAGUAAGACUCUUUGGUUUUGGAACCUCCACUAAGAUUAGCAAGGUGUAGAUGUGGUGUGGGGUGUCACUGUGGCUGACAACUACUUCAUCUUUAUACUUCUGCCUAUCUAACCUCUCUCAGUUUGAAGUCCCUCUGAACUUGUAUUCAGUAUAUGUAUUCAAUAAAAAUCUAUAUUCUCUUGUA